ACCCUUUUUUACCCUUUCUUUCGUUGAACCAUGUUGACUGAUAUCAAUAACGUGCCUAUUGACCAAGCCUUGAAGGAGCAAGGAUAUGUCAUUGUUGACAAUCUGAUCCCUGAAGACCAGUUUGAAAAGUUAAAGGAAGCAUGUGACCGUGUGGUGAAGAGGGCAAGAGAUGGUGAUUGGAAGUAUCGCCGCUUGGUAGGCACACAGUUCCCCCCAUGGACCGAAGGUACCGACGUCUGGGGUGUGCAGCAUUUGAUCCAUCCUGACUUGCAAGAACCCAUUUUCUUGCAAUGGUAUGGCUCGGAAAAGCUCAUGGCGGCCGUAUGCCAGCUGCUCCACACCAAGCCCGAAGAUCUCCAAAUGGAAUUGUUCAACCUUCUCAUUAACCCUCAGGAUUCCGACUUUGACUUGACAUGGCAUCGUGACGCUAUUCCUGCUGAAACAUCGGAGGAAGUAGAAAAGGAAAAGCUCACCAUCCCUCACUAUGGCACCCAGUGGAACACUGCUUUGUAUGAGGACGCGUGUUUGUACGUUGUGCCCAAUUCGCACCGUCGUGUACGAACGGCUGAAGAGCGUGAUGUGACCAUUAACGAUCCAAAGAGCCACAACAUGCCCGGUCAAUUGCAGGUACGCUUGAAACCUGGUCAGACGGUAUUCUAUGACAACAACAUCUUGCAUCGUGCUGCCUACGUCUGCACGAGCAAGAGAGCAACUUUGCAUGCUUCCAUGGGUACCAUUGAAGGUGGUCACCAUCGUGCCGCCACCAUCUUCCAGCACGGCCUGGACUGGAUGACCGACGAUCGCUUCGUCCAAAGCAUUCCUGAUUCCCUGAAAAAGCCAUAUGCCAACGUCCGAGCCAUGGCUCAAAAAGCUGGUCUCGAAAAAAUGGAAACCAAGCCCAUCCAUUAAAAACCCUCCCCGCACCGGCUGCCCCCUCUCGUCCCCCUCAAAAAAAGAAGCGAAGAAAUACAAAUGUAAAAUACAACCAAAAACCUACGAUUAAGUUAAUAAAAAUGAUUUAUUUU